AUGCAGGCGUAUGCAUCAGGACAGUCUCCGCCGUGCUUCUCGCCCGAUCAGCGGCGCGGAAGCGGGGAGGCGGGAGAAAAAGAGAUAGGCGACUGCAGAGAGCAAUUCAGGGUGAUCGUCGACACAGGCGGGCUUGGAUCGAUCUUGUGUGAACAGGUGCCAGCCGAAGCUGUUGGGCACAUGAAAGAGCUCCUGAGAUCUCACAUUCGGAGUUGGCUACACUUCCCGCUUUUUCGCCACGUCGUGAGCGUGAACAGUGCGAGGCCGUUUGCCCAUUCUUUCUGCGGAUCGGCGCCGUCGAACUUGUCUUCCGCAGGGUUGCAGACCGCGGAAAGACGCCCUCCGGUCCCGCGGCCGACCUCGGAUGGGCGUGCACCUGGCGUCGAACCUCGGCGCGAAGCACGCGAACAGCGAAGCGCAAGUGGAAAUUUCUCUAGUCUGGCCCUGGCGUCAGUCGCCGCGAGUUGCCGCGACGGAGAAGCAUCUCUCGCGUCGGCAGACCCAACCCAGUUGACGCGUUCUGAUGUUUCUGCGUGGGGGCUGUCCCUGACUUCGAAGUCCUGCCAACAGAGCGAGAGAACUCCCGAGCAAGCCGCCGGCGGCCUUCCGUCUCGUGGAGAUGUGGAGUCCUGGAGGGACCGUGCAACGACUCCUGCUCUCUCAGGAGGGGGGCUUCUAAAAUCUCCUCAGUCUCUGGAAGAGAACAGUGGAUCUUUGGCCUUAUAUGGAAGGCGUUGCUCCCAAGACUCCGAAGCUGGUGAAGGGUCGCAAGCCACUCUGACGUCUGCCGGUCUCUUAAAGAACGGCCGCGAGAGUGGGGGACCUGGCAGCACGUGUCUCGGAUCGCUGAGUCCGCACCGAAGCAGAUGCUCUUCGCUGUCGCCGCUGUCUUCCUCCGACUCUUCUUCCGUGAUGCUCUCGCCUUCUCUGAAGCCGCAUGCGCCGCAUCCGCAUGCAGCUUCGCCUUCGUGUGGGUGGUCGCAUCCUCGCCGAGCGAGAAGUCCUCUCGCCGCUCAAGGGGCGUCCCGACGAGGACCUGAAGGCGGCUCUGCGCUGCUCCCAAGAGCAGAGGAUCCAGAGCAGAGAGACCUGCGAGAAGAAGUUUUCCAAGAAAACGAGACGAAGCGCUUCCACCGCUCUAUGUCGGGAAUCUCCGGGAGGGGAUACGACGCUGGCGCGCGAGCGUACCAAACUCACUUGUUCGCUCCGGCAGUAUUUUCGUCUCUCAGUGGAGGCCAUACGUGGUGCUGCCGUGCAGCGCUCGUGUCUUGCGUGGAAGGCACCGGAGGGGCUUUGAACGGAUUCCUUUCUCCACCUCCUACGAAACUCCAAGUUCUACGGUGCAUGCUCGCCGACACUGCCGCGGUGACGAUUCAGCGCGUGUUCAGAGGGCACUUGGGAAGGCUGUGCGCCGAGAGGCGGAAGGUGGAGAAGAGAGAGUUUCUUCGCUUGAGCGCCGCGGCAACGAAGAUCCAGGCCGGCUGGCGGCGCGUGAAGGCGCAAGAAACUUUCCUUGUUCUGCACGUUUGCGAGACACUGGCCAGCGAACGAAAUGCGGCGGCUGUCAAGAUCCAAGCUUUCUGGAAAAUGCGCAUUCAGAGAGACAAAUAUCGCACCAUGCACCUGACGGAAUGUCUCGCCGCGCUGCGACGCCUGGCAGCCGUCGAGUUGCAGCGCGUCUGGCGAGGCAGCGUGACUCGGAAGGUGCUUGACGACGAGUGGCAGAAGUGGAUCAUCAAAUGGCCCUGGGACAAGCCGGGCACGAUUGUCGAGGUCGUGGGUGACUUCUCGAAUCCGCCGUGGACGAAGCGCUACCUCAUGACUUACUGCUACGUGCGAAGGUGCUUCAUUCUGCCCCUCCCUCGAAGACCUGGUCGGUACGAGGUGAAAUUCAUCGUGGAUGGCCGCUAUGUAUGCGACGGAAGUCAGACAGUUGUGGCGGACGGAAACGGACAUUUCAACAACUUAAUUCGCGUCAGAGCGGAGACGAAAUCGCCCUUCCGAGAGGUUCGCGAGAGGCUCCAUCAGCUGCAGGAGCAGAACCAGAUGUUGAUUUAUAGGUCAGCUUCGUCGCCUUUGUUCGCGCCGACUCGACCUUCUGUUGGGUCGCAUUCCCUGGAGGACAUGGUGGUGACGCAGGGCGCCAGGCUACCCCGUCAGUCACCGGUGCAUGCGGAGGCCUUGCAGAAUUGUGGAUGGAGUUCGGGAGAAGACUUGGAGGGACAGGCAGAGGAGACAGAACCCCGCGACGACGAGAACACCAGGCACGCAGAUCGCUUCGAGAGAUCAGGCAGCGGUGGGCGGACCGAAACUCGAACAGUAGAGUCUUCUCAUAGCUCCCUUGAACACCAGAGGACAGAGCACUUGCACGGAGUCGCAGGGGAGUGGCUGCAUGCAGUCAAGUCUCUAUCGGAAUUCACGGACGCUGACAGGGAACGGAAAGGCGGGGUAGACUGGAAGGGAGAUCUUCAGACGACUCAAGCAACAUACAGCUGCGGGAGCUGUUGGCACACGCGAGAGGCCGACGCUCAGGUGGCGCCGACAACAGACGAUAUGCCUGUGCUGGGAAUCGAGGGCGUUCAGAACGCUGCGUGGUUCCAGAAACUUUCCGGAAGAAGGUCUGACGCGGUCCAGUCUGGGAGCAGUUCAGAGGCUCCAAUCUCGCCGCGAGAGGUUCCGGCAAGCGAUCCGUUGGCUGAGCCAGACACGCAGCAGCUGAGAGAGAGGCAGGAAGCGCCGGGGGACCAAGGUGCUGCUUGUGCACCCCGCGCGACUAAGGCUUUUGAUCUCGAGGUCGCUGGAAAGAAGGGAGAUAGUGGGGACAGAGACUCAACCGAGGAAGCGGCUGCGGAGGCGGACAUAAUGCGUGACACUAACAGCAUUGGGAGCUUGGCGAGCACGCGAGCCAGCUUCGUGGAUCGCAGUGCCUUACCGUCUGUAGAGAUGUCAGACCCGGCGACUUCCCAGCUCGAGGCGGCGGCGUCUCUUCAGGACACUGGGUGCGCAAGAGAGGUUUCGAUUUCAGUGACGGGGCCUGGGUCGAGUGGUGUACGUGGAGAGGCGAAGGCGCGAGACUGCGAAACGAGUGUUUCGACCGAUGCACAGGGGCAGAGUGCCGGAGAAUCCUGGACGGAUGUUGUUGAGAAUGCUGUGGUUCAAGAGAGAAAAGCGGCGAAUAAUACUAAGGGAAACGAACAUGGAAGUCGGCGAAGACGCAGAAAUCGACCCUCAAGUGUCCGGGGCGGCGCGGAGGGGCGAGACGCAGUUGUGGCGGGAGAUGCGGGGGUCACUGCGUGCAAAUUGGCUGUAGGGUCUCAAGCUGCUGUGAGGGAAAACGCUUCGCAAGUGACGCACAAAAGGGAGGAAGGAGAUUGUGCGCAGACUGCAGGGUCUACAUCGCAUGUGGUGAAGACACCUGAGGUGAAGAUGGCAGCAGGCGAGGAACCCAAGGGCGAAAGUCGCGGGCAGAGAGGCGGGCGCGCCGACAAAAAGCGCUGGCACCACAGAGGCCGAGGCGGUGCGAGCGGCGGUCGACGUUGAGGUGGAAAACGGAGUUUUUGUGGAUGAAACAAACACACGAAAGUCUCCAAGAACCCUUGCCCGACGAGGAAGGAGGGCCAGGGCGAAGGGAGAAACUUGAAAAAUAAUUUUUGCGUGGUGGAGUGCGAACUGGACGUGUCGUCGUGGUUUGCGGGGGUGGACAUGUUUACCAUUCUCGGGGUGUUGACAGCAGGGAAAACGAAACGUAUGUUGUUUUUUCUACACGAGAGGGGUUCUGUUGGCGCGGUAUUUCCUUCAG